ACUCUUUCACUCAAGAUGGCGUGUUGUGGCGUCGCGAAUUUUCGCCGGCAUUUGUAAAAUCUAGUUUUUGCGGUACCCGAAAAUAGGUAACACCGUAGAAACAAAAGAUAUGUAAUUAAAACUUGCAUCUAUAGACUCGCCAUCACAUCAUGCCGUACAGAGACAGUGAUUCGGACAGCGGAAGCACCUCGCGCCGCAAGAAAAAGAAGCGAACGCACAGAUCCAGCUCUUCAUCAGGAGACGAGCAGUCGUCCAGUCGUCACCGCCACCGAAAGAAGAAUGCUCGCGGCUCGCACCAGGAGAAGUCGAGACGUCGCCGCUCGAGGUCCAGUUCGUCGUCCCGCUACUCCAGCAAGACGACAUCGCGCAAGCGGCGUUCCCGCUCCACCUCCCGCCACAGGAGGUCGCGCUCACGCACUCCUAGUUCGAGGAGACGCUCUCGAUCCAGGUCUCCCAAGCACCGUUCAGGCAGAUCCCGGAGCGGAUCCAGUUCUCGAAGGCAUUCCCGCUCGGCCAGCGAUUCUCCUAGGAGAUCUAGCAGGAGGUCUACCUCAUCGUCCCCAAGGAGAGCGAGGAGGGACAGCCCUGACCUGAGGAAUGUGAACGAUGCCGACAGGCUGAAGCUGAAGAUUCAGCAGGUCAUGAAAGCGGCAGGAACAAACGAAAAUGCUCAGAGAGGAAGAAAAUCCAAUGCGAAUGCGGAGCUGAGCAAGAAGGGGCUGCUGCCCAAAGGUGCCAGCAACCAGACAUCCACGCCACCCACCAUGCAGGAGCAGCUGGAGCGGGCUAGGAUGAUCGAGGACAUCAACGCUCCGUCCUUCAGCCAGCAGGUCUUCGUGUCCAGGGCAGGCAAGAAGGAUGGGGGCAGCCUGAAGGAGGUGGACAACCACACGGCGGCCAUCUUUGGCUCCCUGGAGACCUUGGUGGCGGCAAACAAGGAAGUGGUGCCCCUGUGCAACUGGCGGGAGAAGCCAGAGCUCCUCGUCCACGACAAUCUGAUGGAGAGUUCGGAGGCCAAGCUGGAACGCUGGAGGAAGAAGUUGGCGGCCGAGCGAAGGAAACGGAUUAACGGCGUGUCGCUGGGAGGUUUGGCACGCACCGACACCUGAGGCCCAGUGCAGUUGUGGAAGCGGCGUCACUUGCAAAGACUGUGUGUUUCUGCCCGCAACCUCUCAACUCAAUUUCGGGGUCGGGGUUACGCGACUGGGCGUGCUAGCGCCUUUCGGGAACCUAUCUGUACAUAAAGUUGGGUGUUUUUCACUGUGGAACGACCA